UCCACAGAUGGCGGCCUCACCUCCACCUUAUGGAACUUUUGUUGCCUGCUGCGCUCAGGCACAUAUCCCUCAAUACCUUUCAAUCUGUCUUUAAAAGUCUCCUCUGGUAUCCUCUGAUGAAUAUGUUACAUAUUCUACUGCUGCUUAUCUGGCUGCCUUGUCCCCUCAUUUCUGGCAAAGAAAGUGUUGAUCGUGUACGCUCAUCAGAGCUCUGCUUCAUUCAGUGCUGCAGCUAAAGAUGCGGCUGUGGAGGUCUUGACUGCUCAGGGCUGCACAGUAGAGGUAUCCGACCUGUAUGCCAUGACUUUUAAAGCCACUGCUACUGCAGAGGACAUCAAAGGAGAUGUGAAGAAUGCUGAAAACUUCAGUUAUCUGGAGGAGACCAGACUGGCAUGUGAGGAAGGGAAGCUGUCAGAUGACAUCACUAAGGAGCAAUCUAAACUGACGGAGGCAGACCUUGUUAUCUUCCAGUUCCCCAUGUACUGGUUCAGUGUUCCUGCAAUCAUGAAGGGCUGGAUUGAUCGUGUGCUCACAAGCGGCUUUGCCUUUUCAAAAGAGAAGCGCUACAGCCAGGGAGUCUUCAAGGACAAGAAGGCCAUGUUGUCCUUCACCACUGGGUCUCUUGAAUCCAUGUUCAGCUCAACUGGGAUUAAUGGAGACAUGAACGUCACACUCUGGCCACUGCAGAAUGGGAUCCUGCACUACUGUGGCUUCCAGGUUGUGGCCCCUCAGGUCUUCUGGGCUCCUUCUUGUGCUACUCCUGAAGCCCGCGGCUGCAUGCUGGAGGGCUGGCGCACACGUCUGCAAGGUCUCCUGGAGGAGAAGCCUCUGUCCUUCAUUCCCUUGGACUGCUUUGAUGACAAGGCUUUCCAGCUGAAGCCUGAAGUGCACAAGGAGCAUGACAGCAAGGAGUUUGGGCUGACGGUGGGCAUCCACCUGGGCAAACCACUCCCACCCCACAGCCAGAUGAAAGCAGGGUGCUGAAGUUGUGAUUUAAUAAAAGAUGAUUUGUUCUAACUUCA